AACUGAAAGGAAAAAAAAUUAAAUCCCUCUCUGUCAUCACACACGAACAUUAUUUUUUCCUUAUUUUUUUCAAGGAGUGUUUUUAACUAUUUUCCACAACCAAAUUAAACUACAAUCUAUUAAUUUUCUAUUUUCUUAUUAAAUUGCUCUUUUCAAAUCUCAGCAAAUGAAUGUAAAUUGAUGCUACAUACAAAUUCAAAGUUUUCCUCAUCUUGAUGUAUGAGUUUGUGGGAAGAGGAGAGGAAAAAUUUUACCAAGAAAUUUAUACACUCCGGGGGAAAUUUUUAUAUUUUCUUUGAUGUGUGUCUAAAAUAUUAAAAUAAGGAAAAAGAUAAAAUGUCCAUCGAUGCUACAGCUCUGCCAUCAGAGCUCCUUGUAGCACCACAACCUUUGAUUGGGUUUUGUGGCCUUGAUGUGCUGAAGAAUUCAGUGCACAAGUCAAUAUGGGAUGCUUUUAAUAGUAAUCGCAAACCUGAUAGACCUGCUGUGCAGUUUAAGCUAUUGCCGCCAAAUUAUGAGUUCCCAGUGGCAAAGCCGAAGCGGGCUUCCUAUGAAUGGUAUCAUCCCAAGGGAAUACUCAAGCGCAACUGGAUGUUGAAGCAUCUUCAUGUUCUGCCAUCGGUGGUGGUCUUGUUCCAAGAUAUGGAAUGGAACGAUCCACUGUGGACUGACAAGCAAUUGCAAUGUGCCUCGACCAUUCAAAGUCUCAAAAAUAGUUUGCAGGAACGCAAUACUCGUCUAGCAUUAGUUUUGCUCCAAAAAGCUGCUCCAUUACCUCCUGGUGAGGAUAUGUUAGCCUCAGAGCGAGCAGCUAGCUUGACAAAUGCUUGUGGUAUAAGUAGUAAAAUGCUCUUCAUCCUUCCUCACACUGAUCAUCUGGUGGGAUACACCUCACGCCUCGAAUCGGCUCUUUUGGAAAUGGCUCAGGGCUACUACACUCUGAUGUCGAAACGCAUUCGAACUCAUCGUGAUCAAUUGACAUCGUCACAUCAUGUGCUUAAGAUUCGCCAUCAAUUUAAGCUGGGAUUUGUUUCAGAAAUGAGACAAGAUUAUAGUACAGCUCUCAAACAUUACUCACAAGCAUUUGCUAAUUUAGAAGAAAUUCGUGUUGUUGAUACUAAUUGUUUGGAAAUCAAAACUAUUGCUGGCUUCCUGAAUUAUAAAAUUUGCCGAUUAAUGUUCAAAUUAAAAGUGCCACGUGACUCGAUAAAUCAUUUCAUAAGUCAUAUAGAGAAGUACAAAAAUCGAAUUGGAUUUAAGGACCUAUUGUUUGAACAUUAUGCGUGGUUAAGUACUCAACAUAGUGCAUUUGCUGAUCUCUUUUGUGAAGCAAUUAAAAAUGGUCUUCCAGCACUGCAGACACAACAUCCUGGAAUGUAUUAUUAUAAAGCAGCUAGCAAUAUUGUGAAGAGAAAAGAAGCAUUUUUACAGUGUUGUGCACUAUCUCUGAGUCCUACAGAGCCAACAACACCAACUACUCUACAAAAUAUCUCAUCAAUGGCAUUAUUUAGUGAAUACUUUGGAAUUCGAACGAUCAAAACCGGUGAACCGGUAUCAGAACAACAAGUAAUAAUGUUGGUUCAAGAAAAUGAAAAAAACUUUAAUCAUUCAAGUGCAAUAAUUCAACUAUUGGGUCAAGCAAUGGCUCAAUUUAAAGUUUACAAAGGUCUCAGGUUUCGAAAAAAAUUAGCAGUUGAUAUGGCUGAAGAGUAUUUUAAAUGUGGCGAUCAUGCUAAGGCCUUAACACUAUAUUCCUUAAUGUUACCAGAUUAUCGUCAAGAUAAAUGGAGUUUAUUAUUCUCCGAUGUACUUCUUAAAACUCUACGCAGUGCAUUUCUAUCUGCCUCAGUGGCUGAUUAUGUUGCAUGCAGCUUUGAAGCCUUGUCGCUUAAAAACCGAUGUGAUCAAAAAGAGCGUAUACAAGUGCUCGAAAAUCUCUGGAAAGUUUUUCAGAAUGUUCCUCCUGUAUCUCAAAGUCAAAUAGCACCCGAACUACGAACGUUAUGGGAAAACUCUUUGGCAAACUUUAAAUCACCUGCUAUUAUUGAUUUGGAUAAAAUAACUGAACUUCUGGAAUGUAAUGUUAGUUUUGAUAAAUCCGAACUUAAAAACGAUGAAAUGAUAAAUAUUCGGUUGGUUGUCAGACUUCUUACCGAUGUUCCAUUGAAAAUACACAGUUUCACAGUAGUUCUUAUCGAUAACCAAAGUCAGCAAUAUAAGCUCAAAGCAAUCAAAUAUACAAUAUUUCAAGAUUUAUCCGAACUAAGGAAUCGAGACAAUGCAACCAAUGAACCAAAAUUAUUCGAUGGUGAUCUCAAAUUAGAACCAGAGAAGUAUUAUGAAAUAUUGUUUUGUACAGAGGCACAACAAUAUUUGGAAAAUACUCAAUUGCAAGUUUCAUGUAUCGAAGCAUUAAUUGGUACGGAAAAGAUUGCAGCAAUUUUGGUGAAGAAUGCCACAUUGACAAAACGUAACUUUAAACAUCAUAAUAGAUAUCGAGAUUUAAUUGAUAAUGUUACUACAAAUCCUACUUGUUAUAUUGUACCGACAUUCCAUUUGGUAACACAAACAACACAACCGGUACAGCCGAUGUUAGUUAAUGAAUUCUUUAGUAUUGUUUGUGUGGUAAAUAAUCCAUUUAAUGUGUUUUUACAAAAUGUUGGAAUAAGUAUCAGUGUUCCGAAUAAUCUUCGAAAUAAUGUCUUUCUUACCACCGAUAUUUCUUCUAGCCGCCAAAAAUUACACUCACAGAUUCAAAUCGAUAUUGGUGAAUUAUCAAUGCUAAACUCAACAUCAGUCUCCUACUAUGUAUUUAGUUUGAUUGAAACUAAUAUUGAAUUGCAACAAAAAGUUUGGUAUAAUUUAGAUUCGAUAAAACCUAAACCACCUCCGCCUGUUGAAAGUCCUUCGACUACAGAUAAUUCACCAAUUAAUUCACGUGUUGUAGUUGCAGAUUUUAGUACUUUAGCAUUGAGUUCAUUGAUUCGUAUUGAUUAUAUUGAUGAUAGUCGAUUGAGUAAGGCUCGAGAUGAAAUUGUUUCUAUUUCGUGUGAGAGUGAGUUUAAAUUUUGUGGCCGAUUUUAUACGCUUAACAGACAACCAUUGACGAAGAUUUAUCGUGGUGAGAAUUUUUUGUUUCGAGCAAAUAUUGAAGUGCAAGCUAAAUGUGAUCUGGAUAUACUGGAGACGUAUUUUAUUUGUGAUCAUAAUUUGGUUCAAUCUACAUACAGUUUUAAACGUAAAAAAUAUAUCAACUGCUAUCGCUCGAAUGACACUCUUGAAGAUGUCAUCGUCCUAAGAACAAACUCAACCAACUGUGAUUGGAUAACAGCAAAACAAUUCGAACAUAAUGAAAACGAACCUGAAGAACAAUUCCAUCGUUCUCGAACUCUGCGAAGACUUCAACUAACAGCCAGUGGUGGUGGUAGUGGUGGUAAGCUUGACAACAGUAUUGUGCCUUCUUCAGCAAUGAACAAAAAUCUCUUGUCAAAAAUUCCCAAUAACAUGACAAUAAUUGGCAAUUGUGCUCUGCUCGCAAGUCAAACAUCAAUACUAAGCACAUCGACUAUCUCCGAUGAUGGCAAACUAAAAGUUGACUCAGAUUCCUCAAAAGAAGAUCAACCACAACCGAUUAAACCAAGUUCACGAAUGGUUUAUAGUAAGGCUAUUGAAGCUAUUACUCCAACUGGAAAAUGUCGUGGUUUUAUCAAAGGUGUACUAACAAAUGAUUCAAAUGCUGCUGCAACAACUGCACCAAUAUUUGGUGUUUAUUGCAUUAAAUGGCGACGAAAUGGUUGUAAAGAUGAAAACGAAUCAAAGUUUGUGGUAACUGGAUUGGAUAUUGAUGAGCCUCCUUUAAAUAUUUACUGCUCGAUUGAGGAGAAAAUGUUUGUCAAAGUUCCAAUGACUCUGAAGGUUGUUCUUAAAAAUCCCACUGCUAAAGUUGUGCAUUUGAUUUCAACGCUUAGUGUCAGUAAUUCAGAUAAUUUUAUGUGUUCCGGUCAUAAACAGCUUGACGUAUCGAUUUUUGCAUAUUCAGAAAAGGAACUUGUAUUUAAUUUAUAUCCACUUAAAGUUGGUUGGCAAAAUCUUCCUGAACUCAACUUAGAAUAUAAUACACUCACAGAUCCAAGCAGAGAUGAGUCACAAAAUCAACUUCUCAAUCACUUAGUACAGCGAUCGAUGCCCAAGAAGGUUUUUGUUUUGCCUCCAUAUAAACAACACAGCAACGGCGUCAAGUAGUAUAGACAGCCCCCUGGAAUCAAUAUUCCUCAUUCUAAAUGUUAUUUUCUUAUUUAAGAUUUUAAAAUUUUCAAAAAAAAAUAUACAAAAAAAAACAACUACAACUCUCUCUUAGAUAAAUGAUAAAUUGUUAAAUAGAAAUGUGAAUAAAAUAAUCCUUUGGGUAUUUAAAAAGUUUAACAAAACAACAACAAAAAAAACUGUAGAAGAAAAAAUAGUAUACUUUAUUAUAUUUCUAGUUUAUAAACAAAGAAACAAAAAAAUAUGUAAGUGGCAAACCUUUGUGUUGAUUUUUAAAAUUUAAACAAAAAGAUUUAACUGCAAAUUAUUAUAGAAACCAAUUUAAAAACAAAACAAAAAAAUCAA